GGAAAGUAAGCAGAGAGAACUACCACACCCUGGGAGCAUUUACUACCACUACCCAGUGAAUGUUGCAGUAGAUAUUUUCUCACGUCCUCAUCAUCCUGUACUUGUUUCUGUGUUCCUACAGAAGGAUUUAUAUUUUCUCUUUCUCUGCUGGAGCGUUUGUUGUUUUUCCUCCACUGUACAGCUCUGGGAUUUGCUUCAGCGUUGACUAGGCCUUGUGCAUCUGCACACGUGUAUCUUUUCUAAUGAGUUUCUUGAAUGUCUAACAAAGGUCACACCAUUUGGCAUGCUGUGUGACUGUAUUGUCAGCCCGCCUAACGACAGCAUUCCUCUUUUCUUUCCAACUACAUCACCAGCCUUUCUAUCCAUUUCUCCCUACCUCACAUCUUCUACCUCACCACUUUCCUCUUUCUUGUCCUCCUGUGUCUUCUUAUCCUCUCACUCCUUUUCCUCUUCCGUAAAAGCCCUCUUUCUCCUUCUUCUCCAUUCUCGUCUCCAUCUCCUUUUCACGCGUCUUCUCCUUCCGGCUGGCUGGUUUUUCAUGAUGCCUUGUUCCAGGCCACUCCGCUAGGCCCUAGCAGCAUGGGCGCAGCCUGGGUGCGGAGAGAGAGUACGGAUUGGACCCUUCCCCUCAGGACGGGCGCGCUGGCGGGUCACCCUCCCUCAGCUUCAGAUGGGCGAGGACGCUGAGAGCCCCAAAAUUAACCACACCUUCCUGCGAGACUACGUCACUGAAGCUGAUGUCAUCUCUACGGUGGAGUUUAACCAGACAGGGGACCUGCUGGCAACGGGGGAUAAAGGUGGCCGUGUGGUCAUCUUUCAGAGAGAGACUGAGUCUAAAGGGGAGUCAGAGGAGGUGGGGGAGACGGGGGACUCUGGAGAGUACAAUGUCUACAGCACGUUCCAGAGCCACGAGCCGGACUUUGACUACCUGAAGAGUCUGGAGAUUGAAGAGAAAAUCAACAAGAUCAGAUGGCUGCCACAGCAGAAUGCAGCACAUUUCCUCCUCUCCACCAAUGAUAAAACCAUUAAACUGUGGAAGGUGAGUGAGAGAGACAAGAGACCAGAGGGAUACAAUCUGAAAGAUGAGGAGGGACGGAUCAAGGACAUCUCUACCAUCACCUCUCUGCAGGUGCCGGUGCUAAAACCCACAGAUCUGAUGGUAGAGGUUCGUCCCAGACGAGUGUUCUCCAACGGACAUACCUACCAUGUUAACUCCAUCUCAGUCAACAGCGACGGGGAGACCUACCUGUCUGCUGAUGACCUCCGCAUCAAUAUGUGGCACCUGGGCAUCACGGACCGCAGUUUCAAUAUCGUGGACAUCAAACCAGCCAACAUGGAGGAUCUGACAGAGGUGAUAACAGCAGCAGAGUUCCACCCUCACCACUGCCACUUGUUUGUGUACAGCAGCAGCAAGGGCACCCUGCGCCUCUGUGACAUGAGAGCUUCCGCGCUCUGUGACAGACACACCAAACUGUUUGAAGAACCUGAGGAUCCCGGGAGCCGGUCCUUUUUCUCUGAGAUCAUUUCCUCCGUGUCGGACGUCAAGUUCAGCCACAGUGGACGUUACCUGCUGACCAGAGACUACCUCACCGCAAAGGUGUGGGACCUGAACAUGGACAAAGGGCCUGUGGAGACGUAUCAGGUCCAUGAAUACCUGAGGAGUAAGCUGUGUUCCCUCUAUGAAAACGACUGCAUCUUUGACAAGUUUGAGUGUGUUUGGAACAGCUCAGACAGCGUGAUCAUGACGGGGGCGUACAACAGCUUCUUCCGGAUGUUUGACAGGGAGACGGGGCGAGGCGUAACCCUGGAGGCUUGGCGAGAGAGCAGCAAGCCUCGGGCUGUGCUGCGGACCCGACGUGUGUAUAGCGGCGGUAAGCGGCGCCGUGGAGACGUGGGCGUUGAUAGCCUGGACUUUACCAAGAAAAUCCUGCACAUGGCUUGGCACCCAUCUGAGAAUAUUAUUGCCAUAGCAGCCACUAACAACCUGUACAUCUUCCAGGAUCGUGUCAACCCUGAGUUACAGUGACAGAGAUGGGAAUAUGGACAAACACAAAAAAGCGACCCAAAUAUAUUUGGAUGUCUUAAAGACGUCAUGGGGAGUGGACAGCCUUUAUGAGAAGAUUAAGUCAAAACAAAGCUGUUUCACAACAUACUGAGAUUCAACAUCUGUUUGUGUUGAAAGGUUGGAUAAAUGAUAUAAUCAGAAGACUGUUAAUGUGUUCCAUCCCCAAGGAAGGUGUGUAAUCGUGUUUCUGUUCAACACCGAGAUGAACUGACGUCUUUAGUAGCCAUCAGGACAUGUUUUUGGUCACACUACUCCCUCUUUUUGAAAAUGUUUGUGUAACUGCUCCACCGUAGGGGCAGUAAAAGAGGUGCGGGGACACCUCUCCAUUUGCAAUGACUCAGUGCUGUUGACCUCACAAUGUUACACUCCUCACUGAUGUGCUCUGGUACCUUUUGACACAACAUGGAAGAUAGGCGAUUGGUAGCAACAGAAAGGGAACGAGAUGACAGAUUCCCGAUUAUUUUGCCAUCUAAAUCUAAGCAUUUUGUUCACUAUUGUGGAACAUUAGGUGUGGUGUUAUUGUACUCUUCACAACAACAUCCUACAACCUUUUUUUCCCUCUCUGUCGGGAGACAACAGCAGCUCAACCUCUCCUUUAGAGCAGUGCUCUUGGAGAUUUCAUUCAUAAAUGCCACAUAAUCUUUGCCCUAUUCACUUUGCAAUAAUAGCACUAACAAAAACACAGUGCAGCAGUAUUCCUGCUUUAAAACAUGAACUUCUACAGGUAGACACUCUUUUCACUGUUAGCUGUAAAUAUUCUGUGUUCAUUAUUUUUUAAAGCGGUUCCAUUUUGUCUAGUGAGUGCACUGCAGAUGAACCUGGCAUCUCAUGUAUAGAAAGACUGCAGAAUUGCAUUAUUUCAGUUGAAGACUUGAUGUAGGGGCUUUUUCUUGUAGCAGUACAUAGAUAGGUAUUGCUGGCUGUAGCGAGGGAGGGGUAAAUUGUGCACAAACCAACACUUACAGUUUUGUUGUGUAUAUUAAGCCAGUAUUGGGUUUUGAUUGAUGCAAUUUCCUUGUCAAAAGUCUACAUACCUACGUGGUAAAUUACUGAAAACGAGAGUGACAGUGUGUUAACGCUUAGCUCUGUAACGUUCUCAAAUUGAGUCUGAAUGGUGAUUAAAUCUAAUAUAGACUAAAGCUGAAUUUUUGUUGAGUGUUAUGCUAAUUUCAAAUGAGCAACGUUCAUUUUAUAAUGCAUUCGCACUUAUUGAAGAAGUAUCUUACAAUCAAGGUAAAGAUGGAAUCUAAGCUACUUUUGUGAUUCAGCGUAUUCAGUGUAUUUGAAGAUCAAAGGUUAUCAUCAGUGCAAUAGCUCAUUAUGAACAUUGCUGAAAUGUCUUUAACAUUCAAACAAUGUCAUGUGAAUUCAUCAUAUCACAGGUUGGUAUUGUUAUUAUACCACAUACCUCACAGUGCCACAUGCAACUCUGAAGUGAAAAUGUUUAGGAUGUCCAGCAGUAAGGUGAUGUCUGUGUUGAACUGAAGUCAAGAUUUGAUUGUUUACAGUCGAAAUGCAUUGUUUUCAAGUGACCUUGGCCCUGAUGGGAUAACUGUAAGUGGUGUGGAUGUGUGCUGUAGCAGAUGGAGUAAUGGAAAAAGUCCCUUAAAAAGUCCUCUGAUAAAUCAACAACAGUUUCACUGUGUAAAUCUUAAACCCUGAGAAAAUAAGGAAAUUGUUAAUAUGUAUGUUCCACUUGUCUGCUCUCUCAUCGCUUUUUCAGUUUCCAAAUCACUCUUCACAAACAUUUAUGUUACAGCCUGCGGGCUAGCUACUAUGUUUUGGUCUUCACUGUCCGCCAGUGUUGUUGAAUGCGGACACGAUCUUGCACUGAUUGGUUUAACAAAGUGUGCAACACCAAAAUCCACAAUGACAACCCACAAGAAAAUGGUUUAUAUAGCGACAGGCCACCUGAAGCAUUAUAUAAGUUCCAGGGCUCAGUCCUCCAAUAGUGAGCUGUAGAUUAGAGCAGGUCAGUUGUAAUCGCAUCAGAACCACCACCACAUGCAACCAGUGAGAGGGUUUGUGUUCAGGAGCACAGCAGCAGCAUGUUGCCAUUACACAAUGCUACUAGCGUGUAUAUCUAUCAUACUUUUAAAAAGGCAAAUCUAACAAUACAAAAAACAUUACUCAAAUGAGAUGAAUGAAAGGAAUGUGCAUUAAUAAAAUAAUAUGAAAUCUGACAAAAGAAAGUGUUGGAUCCUUUUU